UCGGAGUCAGAGCACAGUCUGACGUGAUAACGUUGUAGCGGCAACCAGAGGUCCCUCGUGUCACAGAAAAAGUCACCGGCUUCAACUGUAGUGAAGUGAAGAGUCCAGUGAAUCAACCAUGGACCAGGCAAGGUCAACAAUAUCUAAGAUUUUUAACGGAGAGCCACACUCCUACACCCGGUUCAACCUGACCCAGAACAUGGAGGGCGACAACAGCCAGGUGGAGAUGAAGCUGUCCUCCGACAUGGACGAGGAGGUGGGCGGAAACGGCGUGGGCGACCACCUCAACCACAACUCCCACCGCAAGCCCUACGCCGCCGAGAAGCUGGGCCGCACGCCCAAGAACCUGGGCUUCAUCGCAGCCGCCUUCCUCCUGGUCUUCAUCAUCGGUAAGAGGCUCUACCGGUCAGGGAUGGUUGGCGUUCCCAAAGCUGGCUGUCGGCUACGUCCUAAAAAGUUUGUGUUCUUUAAUGUUGCGGGUCCCUCCGCGGCUGCUCCUAACCUGAACCCGCUCCUCCUUCUAGGGUACUUGGUCAGCUACAUGGUUCACGGGAAGAAGGAACUGGCGCCCGUCUGUGCGACCUCCACGCUCAAGUCCGAGGGGGACGUUGUGGCUCACGAGACCGGCGCCGCCCCCCUCAUGAACUGGGACGACGUCAAAAAGCUCCUCGCCGCGAGGUUAAGCGCCGAAAAGCUACGGGGCGCUCUCAGCGACUUCUCCAGGGCGGACCACCGGGCUGGUUCCCCCGGCGACGAGGCUCUGGGGAACAAGGUGCUCCAGAGGUUCAAGCAGUUUGGCCUGAAGACGUGGACCGACGAGCACUUUGUCAAGGUCCACGACCCCCCGGCGUCCGGCUCCAACCGGAUCCUGUACAGGAACCGCUCGGAGGAGAGUCCGAAGGGAUUCCUGUCCUACAGCCCCACCGGAUCAGUGACGGGUGCAGUGCUGUACGCAAAUUACGGACAAGAGAGGGAUUUUGGGAUGCUGAGGGAUAAGAACAUCGACAUGAAUGGGAGAGUGGUGCUGGUCAAAUCUGGAAAGAUCAGCCUCGCUGAGAAGGUAGCCAACGCUGCCAGAGUGAACGCCUCUGCCGUGCUGAUCUACCCAGACCAGGCUAUCGGGGACGAAACUGAGCUUUAUGGACAUGUGCACAUGGGUUCAGGCGACCCCUACACUCCCGGCUUCCCCUCCUUCAACCACACCCAGUUUCCCCCUGUGGCGUCCUCGGGCCUGCCCAAAAUCCUGGCCCAGACGAUCACGCUAGGGAUGGCAAAAAAGAUUCUGAGAGAGCUGGAUGGUCCGAAUCUGCCUGGGGGAUGGGACGGCUACUUCAAGCUGGGGGCCGAGAGCGACACGGUCACCGUGGAGGUCAACAACGUCCUCACCGAGAAGAAGAUCCACAACGUGUUCGGGGUCAUCAAAGGCUUCGUAGACGCAGACCGCUACGUGGUCAUCGGGGCACGGCGAGACGCGUGGGGACAAGGCUUUGCCUCGUCCACCGUCGGUACCAGUGUCCUCGCUGAGCUGGCCCGCGCCAUCUCAGACAUGGUGGAGAAUGGUGGGUUCAAACCAAGGAGGAGCAUAGUGUUCGCCAGCUGGAGCGCUGGGGAAUACGGGAGCGGAUAUCUGUCUUCUCUGGGCAUGAAGGCCUUCUCCUAUAUCGACCUGGAUGGCAUCGUAACAGGUCGAAACUCUUUUAAAGUAGCAGCAAGUCCUCUGAUGCACGGCUUGAUUGAAAAGGCUCUGAAAGAGGUUAAAAUCAAGGACGGUACUCUCUUUGAGCAAUUUGCAAAGAGCAACUGGGAGAAAGAAGUGUUGGAGCCCAUGAAAAUGGACAGCGCAGCCUAUCCUUUCAUCGCCGUCUCCGGGAUUCCCUCCGUGUCGUUUAGAUUCGCCGCCGGUGACUUGGACUACCAGUACUUUGGCACCAUGCUGGACACCCAGGAGAAGCUGUACAGCGCCACCUCGGCCCAGGUUCCCCAGCUGGCCGAGACGGCCGCCCGCUUCGCCGGCCACCUGGCGCUGCGGCUGGUGCACGACCACCUGCUGCAGAUGGACCUGGUCAAGUACGACUCGGUCAUACGCGGCCACGUGCGCAGGAUCAACACUAAAGUCAAGUCCAUCCUGUCGAUGCAGCCCCAGCUGUUCCCCGAAGCGCUGACCGUGCAGUGGCUGAUCAUGGCCUCGGGCUCUUACGGCCGGGCCUCUCGCAGCCUGGCGGAAGACAUCCAGAACAGCGACCUGGAGGACGUGGAGAGGAACUUCCUGUCGCCCUACGUCUCCCCCAGAGACAGCCCGUUCCGCCACAUCCUGCUGGGCUCCGGCUCCCACACCCUGGAGGCCCUGUCCGGCCACCUGGACGCCCUGAAGAUCAAACACCCCGAGGCCGACGCCGACCUGUUCCGCAACCAGUUCGCCCUGGCCACCUGGACCAUUCAGGGCUGCGCCAACUCUCUGGCCGGGGACAUCUGGUCCCUGGACAACGAAAUCUAAAAGGCGCGCGCCUGAAAGCCGCCCCCGUCCUCAUGUGCGAUCACGUCGUGGAAGGCAGAACUUUGUCCUUAACCACCAGAUUUUAGAAAACGAGAAAAGAUCGACCGCGUAUAAACCCCCCGUCCCCCGUGCGAGCAAAUCCAAAGCCAAAACGCGAAGGAAAAAAAGCCUUAAUCGAUCGCUACACUUGAAUACUUUGGUGCUAACAAUGACGUCCUUAAACAAUUGAAUGGAUCUCGCCCUCUGAACGAGCGGGCUAUAGCCAUGUUUUUAAAAUUGGUUUUUAAUUUUCAGGUAAAAAAUCUUAGUCCCAGCCUCUGUCUGCCCCGCUCGGAUGCAAAUAAAACUUAAAAAAAAAAAAAUACAAA